AUCUAUGCCCCCUUCUUUGGCGCCAUGGGCUGCACGGCCGCCAUCGUCUUCACCUGCCUCGGUGCGUCGUACGGCACGGCCAAGUCGGGCGUCGGUAUCGCCGCCAUGGGUGUCCUCCGGCCCGACCUCAUGAUGAAGUGCAUCAUCCCCGUCGUCAUGGCUGGUAUCAUUGCCAUCUACGGCCUCGUCGUCUCGGUCCUCAUCUCGGGCGGCCUCGAGUCGCCCAUGGCGCUCUACUCGGGCUUCAUCCAGCUCGGCGCCGGCCUCUCGGUCGGUCUCGCCGGCCUGAGCGCAGGCUUUGCCAUCGGCAUCGUCGGCGACGCCGGUGUCCGGGGUGUCGCUCAGCAGGGUCGUGUCUUCGUUGGCAUGGUGCGUCCCUCUCUCGCCUCUUUACCUCCAAACAUCCUCAUUUUCGCCGAGGUCCUCGGACUGUACGGCCUCAUCGUCGCACUAAUCCUCAACACGCGCGCUGCCGAGACCCCCGGCGUGAGUCCUCUCGCAGUUGCGCCUCUCGAGCCGCGAGCGCCGAGGUCCGCGUCCUGCGGCCCUCGCGUUCUCGUCGAAAGCCAGGAGCAGCGACUGACACACGUCGUCUCGCAGUGCUAA